ACCGUGGGGCCCACUCCAAGCUGAAGGCUCUGCAACAGGAUAAAAGAAGGCAAAUCAAAGGUUGCCUGCUCAGUGGAUGUUCCAUCCUCACAGCAAACGGUAGCGCAGGCAAUCAGCAAAGAGAUAAGCCAAACAGCAGCAACUGAGCAAAAGAAAAACAGAGCGGAAUUUGCCGCCUUGAGAAAAUGCUUGGAAUCUGUUGUUAGACACGAAAAGAUAACCGAGUGCUCUGCUGACAAGUGCGUCAAUUGCGGCAAGUGAUUUAUUAAGUUGAAAUUGAAAACUGCGAUUGAAAGCCAUCCAAAGAUGCGACGGAGAGGCAAGGAGAACAGGCGACUGCUGGUGCUGCCGCUGGCGCUGCUGCUGCUACAAUUAAUCUGUAAUUGCCGCGAGUCGGAGGCUCUGCCAGACAUCAUCAAGAUUGGUGGGCUCUUCCAUCCCUCGGAUGACCAUCAGGAGCUUGCCUUCCGCCAGGCCGUGGACCGCAUCAAUGCCGACCGCUCCAUUCUGCCGCGCUCCAAGCUGGUGGCCCAGAUCGAGCGCAUCUCCCCCUUCGACAGCUUCCAUGCCGGCAAACGGGUUUGCGGUUUAUUGAACAUUGGUGUCGCUGCCAUAUUCGGACCACAAUCCUCGCAUACCGCCAGCCAUGUACAGAGUAUUUGUGACAACAUGGAAAUACCACAUUUGGAGAAUCGCUGGGACUACCGACUGAGGCGUGAGAGUUGCCUGGUGAACCUUUAUCCGCAUCCAAAUACGCUCUCAAAGGCUUAUGUGGAUAUUGUACGGCAUUGGGGCUGGAAGACGUUCACCAUAAUCUAUGAGAACAAUGACGGCAUCGUGCGACUGCAGGAGCUGCUCAAGGCACACGGCAUGACACCGUUUCCCAUCACAGUGCGCCAGCUAAGCGACAGCGGGGAUUACCGGCCCCUGCUGAAGCAAAUCAAGAACUCAGCUGAGGCCCACAUUGUCCUGGAUUGUUCCACGGAGCGCAUUCACGAGGUACUCAAGCAGGCACAGCAGAUUGGAAUGAUGAGCGACUACCAUAGCUAUUUGGUCACGUCCCUGGACCUGCACACCGUCAACCUGGAUGAGUUUCGCUAUGGUGGCACGAACAUUACCGGCUUUCGGCUGAUCAACGACAAGAUCGUCUCGGAUGUGGUGCGCCAGUGGAGCAUCGAUGAGAAGGGAUUGCUGCGUUCGGCCAACCUGACCACAGUGCGCUCGGAGACGGCACUGAUGUACGAUGCUGUGCAUCUGUUUGCCAAGGCGCUGCACGAUCUGGACACCUCGCAGCAGAUCGACAUUCAUCCGAUCAGCUGCGACGGGCAGAGCACCUGGCAGCACGGCUUCAGCCUGAUCAACUACAUGAAGAUUGUGGAGAUGAAGGGCCUCACGAAUGUGAUCAAGUUCGAUCAUCAGGGCUUCCGCACCGACUUUAUGCUGGACAUUGUGGAGCUGACACCAGCGGGCAUAAGGAAGAUUGGCACCUGGAACUCCACCCUGCCCGAUGGCAUCAACUUUACGCGCACUUUCAGCCAAAAGCAGCAGGAAAUUGAAGCGAAUUUGAAGAAUAAAACUCUGGUGGUGACCACUAUACUGAGCAAUCCUUAUUGCAUGCGCAAGGAGUCAGCGGUGCCGCUCAGUGGCAACGAUCAGUUCGAGGGCUAUGCUGUGGAUCUCAUCCAUGAGAUAUCCAAGUCUCUAGGCUUCAACUAUAAAAUCCAACUGGUGCCCGAUGGCAGCUAUGGCAGCUUGAAUAAGUUAACGGGCGAAUGGAAUGGCAUGAUACGGGACCUGCUGGAGCAGCGUGCUGAUCUGGCCAUAGCGGAUCUCACCAUCACCUUUGAGCGGGAACAAGCUGUAGACUUCACCACACCCUUCAUGAACCUGGGCGUAUCCAUCCUCUAUCGCAAACCCAUUAAGCAGCCGCCCAACUUGUUCUCCUUCCUGUCGCCCCUGUCGCUGGAUGUUUGGAUCUACAUGGCAACUGCUUAUUUGGGUGUCUCCGUGCUGCUCUUUAUACUGGCCAAAUUCACACCCUACGAGUGGCCCGCGUACACCGAUGCACAUGGCGAAAAGGUGGAGAGUCAGUUCACGCUGCUCAACUGCAUGUGGUUUGCCAUUGGAUCGCUGAUGCAACAAGGCUGCGAUUUUCUGCCCAAGGCUCUAUCGACUCGCAUGGUGGCUGGCAUUUGGUGGUUCUUCACGCUGAUUAUGAUCUCCUCGUACACUGCCAAUCUGGCUGCCUUUCUGACUGUCGAACGCAUGGACUCGCCCAUCGAGAGUGCCGAGGAUUUGGCCAAGCAAACGAGAAUCAAAUAUGGAGCACUCAAGGGCGGCAGCACAGCGGCUUUCUUUCGAGACUCUAAAAUCUCCACAUAUCAGCGCAUGUGGUCGUUCAUGGAAUCAGCUCGUCCCUCCGUAUUUACAGCCAGCAAUGGCGAAGGCGUCGAGCGUGUGGCCAAGGGCAAAGGUUCCUAUGCUUUCCUGAUGGAGUCGACCUCCAUUGAAUAUGUGACCGAACGCAACUGCGAACUGACGCAAGUCGGCGGCAUGUUGGACACCAAAAGCUAUGGCAUUGCCACACCACCAAAUUCACCUUAUCGCACUGCCAUCAAUAGUGUCAUAUUGAAGCUGCAGGAAGAGGGAAAGUUGCACAUACUGAAAACCAAAUGGUGGAAGGAGAAGCGCGGCGGUGGCAAGUGCCGCGUGGAAACCUCCAAGUCAUCAUCGGCGGCCAACGAACUGGGACUGGCCAAUGUGGGCGGUGUCUUUGUGGUGCUAAUGGGCGGCAUGGGCGUGGCCUGUGUCAUAGCUGUCUGUGAGUUUGUCUGGAAGUCACGCAAGGUCGCCGUCGAGGAGCGUCUCAGCGCAAUACUCAAUGAAUGAGAAAAGUCAUAAACCCGGGAUGAAUGGGUUUGAAGUUGGAGUAAGAUCAAAUAUGAGGUGGUAAUGGUAAUGGAACUUCAAUCAAAAAUGCAAGUAAAAGCGGCAUAAAAUAGAGAUCACGAAAGAAAAUAGAUCCAAAAUGCUGUCGCUAUCCCACGCAGUCGUAGUACUUAGAUAUUCGAUAUUCAAUAUUUUUGGGAUUACAUAUACACAUGUGUCUGUAUGCGAGUGUGCAAAAGAGAGG